AAUGAGUGAAAAGUUGUUUAAAAUAAUAGUGUUUACUAAAUAUGGUUAUUAUGUAUUGAAUACCAAAUACAGACUAUUAUUAUCCCAUUUACCACUCAUUUGGCAGCUGUUGUACACAUCCCGCGAUUCAUUCACUUUAAUUCACUUAAAUCACACAAAACUCAACCAAAUUAUGUCUUCAUCUCCGGUGCCAUCGCGUCGACAGCCGGUCAGUAGUCCGACGACUCCGACGCCAACGAACGGCAAAUCCGAGUCAUUCCUCGACUAUUUGGGGACUUUGGGCCGCAAGAAGAAGAUCAAGGAAGCACUCCAGACUGAGCUCCCGUUCCCUCCCAUCCCUUACCCCAUAAUAACUCUCGUACUCUACUUCUUGCAGUCAUUUCUUUUGAUUGUAAUUAAGGCGGAAGCGGUUAAUAUCGAAGAAGAGGGCCGUCAAGCAAUUGACAGCAAUGCACAGCACCCGGUCAUUGACGCCCUCCCCGAAGAGUUUGUCUUAAACGAAUACGAGGAGCGAUCGAUGAUUGAGCCGGGUAUGAUCAACAAUCAUGACUACCAGGAAUUGCUGAAGAUCCUGGUCAAUUGGAUCAACGAUGAGCUUAGCGAUCAGAGAAUUAUCGUCAAAGACUUGGAAGAAGACCUCUUUGACGGACAGAUUUUGGGCAAACUUAUAGAGAAACUGAGUUCUCAGAAGUUGGAUGUCGUGGAAGUGACUCAGAAUGAAGACGGACAGAGAGCCAAACUGAGGACUGUUUUGGAUCAGGCGAACCGACUGCUCGGCAUUCAGGCCAAGUGGUCGGCCGUCAAGUGGACUGUUGAAGGCAUUCACAACAAAAAUAUGGUCCAAAUAAUCCACUUAUUAGUGGCUCUAAUCCGUCACUACAGAGCGCCUAUACGUUUGCCACAGAACGUAGUGGUGAAUCUGGUGGUCGUACAGAAACGUGAGGGUCAUCUGCACACGUCGACUGUGACGGAACAGUUGACGGGAUCGUACGACGAGUUGGGAAUGCGUGUGGAGCCCAGGGAUGCGUUUGACACCCUCUUCGAUCACGCGCCCGAUAAGCUACAGAUCGUCAAGCGAUCGCUCGUCAACUUUGUCAACAAACACCUCAACAAAGUGAACAUUGAGUGCUAUGUGGGCCCCACGGGCGUCGAGUUGGACCCCCACCAGUUCAGCGACGGCCUACUCUUGAUAUUCCUGAUGGGAAUGCUUGAGGGAUACUUCGUGCCGUUGGGCAACAUCUUCACCACUGCCGUCGACCCCAUAAUCGAGGCCACGACUAAUAAGGAGACAGCUAUUCAGCCGGACAACUACAUCGAGAGCUCGCCCAUCAAUAAACUCCAUAACAUUAAUGUCGCCUUUCAGCUCAUGGAGGACUCAGGCAUUCAGGUCAAACAGAAGGUGAGGGCCGAAGACAUUGUCAACGCAGACAUGAAGUCCACGCUUAGAGUCUUAUAUAUGGUUUUCACUAAAUAUAAACAUCUUUAAGAUAUUUGUUUGUCUAAUAAUGUGCCAAAUAUUUACUGGAAUUAAUUUUGAGUCCUAAAUUCUAUAUAACAUUAUUAAUAAUUUAUAACAUUUACCUUCACUUUCUAUCAAAGUAUUGAUACAAAUAAUCAAAAUAACUAAAGGCAGCGAUC